AUGUCUUCGAAUAAUCAAUCAACCGUCAGUCAAGGUGUGAACCCGAAUCCAAAUUCCACGACGGCUUCUGCAAGUGGGGCAACAAGUGCCGUUUCGGAUCAACGCAAUGCUCCAACAGACACCCAGACUUCUGGAGGCAGCAGCAGUGGUACAACGGCUGCCGGUGGGCAAGCAGAUAGUCCAACACGCGUUGCGAAAACACCUGCUGUCAAUACAAAGGAACGUGUUAUUGACAAUGUUCCAUUUCCACCCAGCCACAAGUUAACUAUGGCAGAGGUGUUUGAUCUGCGAACUGGUAAACCAAACCAUGACAUACUAAAACAGCACUUCAUUCUUGAAGGUCGCAUAGAGGAGGCACCUGCAUUACGAAUAAUUCAAGAAGGCGCUGCAUUACUGCGCCAAGAGAAAACUAUGAUAGACAUUGAGGCGCCUGUGACUGUAUGCGGCGAUAUACACGGACAGUUUUAUGACCUCAUGAAAUUAUUUGAAGUGGGGGGGUCGCCUGCCUCCACCAAAUACCUCUUCCUUGGCGACUAUGUGGAUCGAGGCUACUUUAGUAUUGAGUGUGUUUUGUACUUGUGGUCACUGAAAAUAACCUACCCGAAUACAUUAUUUUUGCUACGUGGCAAUCACGAAUGCCGUCACUUAACAGAGUAUUUCACCUUCAAGCAAGAAUGCAAGAUCAAGUACUCGGAACGUGUGUAUGAUGCAUGCAUGGAGGCUUUCGAUUGCUUACCGCUAGCAGCACUAAUGAACCAACAAUUUCUGUGUGUCCACGGUGGCUUGUCCCCGGAAAUUCACGAGCUAGAAGAUAUACGCCGUUUGGAUAGAUUUAAAGAGCCACCAGCAUUCGGUCCAAUGUGCGAUCUUUUGUGGUCAGAUCCCUUAGAAGAUUUCGGCAAUGAGAAAAAUUCUGACUUCUAUUCGCACAACUCAGUGCGUGGCUGCUCAUAUUUCUACAGCUAUGCAGCCUGCUGUGACUUCUUGCAAAAUAACAAUCUAUUAUCGAUUAUACGUGCACACGAGGCGCAGGACGCCGGCUAUCGUAUGUAUCGCAAAAGUCAAACCACUGGGUUCCCCUCAUUAAUUACCAUCUUCUCGGCACCGAAUUACUUGGAUGUGUACAACAACAAAGCGGCAGUACUGAAAUAUGAAAACAAUGUGAUGAAUAUAAGGCAGUUCAACUGCUCACCGCAUCCCUACUGGCUUCCGAAUUUCAUGGACGUAUUCACUUGGUCUUUGCCCUUCGUGGGCGAAAAAGUGACCGAGAUGUUGGUGAAUGUGUUGAAUAUUUGCUCGGACGAUGAACUUAUGACCGAAGAGAGUGAAGAGCCAUUAUCCGAUGAUGAGGCGGCGUUACGCAAAGAAGUCAUUCGAAAUAAAAUUCGUGCGAUUGGAAAAAUGGCGCGCGUCUUCUCAGUGCUACGUGAAGAGUCUGAGUCGGUAUUGCAGUUGAAGGGAUUAACACCAACCGGUGCACUGCCACUGGGUGCACUCUCUGGUGGCAAACAGUCAUUGAAGAAUGCGAUGCAAGGCUUUUCGCCCAAUCACAAGAUCACUUCAUUCGCCGAAGCCAAAGGUCUGGACGCGGUGAACGAGCGUAUGCCGCCGCGACGUGACUCGACGCCAUCGCCAGCCGAGGAGGGACAAAAAUCAUUGUCAGCAGCCGCUGCUGCAGCGGCGAAUGCCAAUGCCAACGCCAAUGCGAAUUCAAUCAAUGGAUAA